UAAAAAAAUUGACUUGGUUGAUUAUUAGAAAAUAGUCUUUGAGAAAUUAAAUUUGUAAAUGUUUUAUUUCGCCUAAAAUUUAUCCCCAAUUUUGAAAAAAGAAAAUAUAGUUAUCAAGUUUAAUGAUUACAACUCUACACUAGCAUAUUUAUAGAUUUCGCACAGAAUAUUAUCCGCUGCCUUCGAAAAUAUUAUAUUUUAGUUUUAAAUUUGAUUUCGAGAUUCAAUUUGUUAUAUUUAAUGAAACUUUAAAGGAAAUUAUCGAGAUUUAUUUUGUUUUAUGUCAACUGAAUAUUCCUUAUAUAGAAAAGGGCGAGUCCUAUUUACAUGAGUGCCUUAGGUAUAAAUAAGUUGAACUGAUAACAGCACGAUACAAAUUUCCGUCCAUAAAAAUUACAUAUCCAUCUAAAAAUAGUAAACUACAUUCCAUAAUUACAUUAUUUUAAGUUAGAAAAAUUCAAUAACAUAAAACAAUGAAUGAGUGUUGACAAAAGUUGAAAAAAAUUGUAUAAGAAUUUAACUAAUAUCUUAACUGAUGAAUACGCAAGUUUAAUUUAAAUAUUUUAAAGUGUACUUAACAAAUACAAAUAUUAUUUGAAAAUGUCUAGAAGUAAAAUUAGUUGCAGAGCUGAUAGUGAAAUGAUCGAAAUAAAGUCCAAGUUUGAUGCUGAAUUUCGUAGAUGGGGUUUUAGCAGAAAUCGAACGAGUUUUGAUUUUUUUCAGUCUCUAGUUGAACAGUUGCAUAGGCUUAAUAAUUUGGAAUUCGAAAUAUUUUACGUUGAUCCUAGUGAUAACGAUUUGUUACCAAUAAACAAUGACGACAAUUUUGGUAGAGCUUUAAAAACAGCAAAACCUUUGUUACGUGUUAUUGUUCAACGAAAAGGUGAUUGUAUUCAAGACUAUUCCGGUUAUGGAACGAUGAAAUCUCGUAAUAUAAUUAGCAGUAUUUUACUUGGCCAAACUCCUAUGAAAGCGAAAGGCCCUACAAUAUCGAAUCCUCAUGACUUUAGACAAGUGUCUGCCAUUAUAGAUGUAGAUAUUUUACCAGAAACAUGUCGCCGAGUAAGACUUUUAAAACAUGGCAGUGACAAACCGUUAGGCUUUUAUAUACGAGAUGGAACAUCUGUUAGAGUUACAGCAAGUGGUUUAGAAAAGCAGCCUGGAAUAUUCAUAUCAAGAUUAGUUCCAGGAGGUCUGGCAGAAAGUACAGGUCUAUUGGCAGUCAAUGAUGAAGUACUUGAGGUUAAUGGUAUAGAAGUUGCUGGUAAAACACUGGAUCAAGUAACUGAUAUGAUGGUAGCAAAUAGUUCAAAUUUAAUCAUUACUGUUAAACCGGCCAAUCAAAGGGCGUUGUCUUCUUCGACAACUAAUGCAACUACUCAUUUACGUGGUUCAAUGUCUAGAGCCAGUCAACUAUCCGGCGGUUCGCAACAAUCUCAUCACACAAAUACUUCAGAUGAAGCAGAACAAGAUGAUCAAGAUGAAGUUGUUGAUUUGGUUGGGGGAACGGGGACAAUUACGGGAGACAAUUCUUUAACUUCCAAUUCGAAGGACAAUGUUUUACAUUUAUAAACUUUUAUUGCAAGAUUUUUUGAAACUAGAUUUUUCAAUAAAAAAAGCAUAAAAUAAUAAAAAUUUAAAAUAAUGCAGAAAAGUGCACUUAUAUAACGUAUGAUGAAAGAAAAAUCAUUCCAGAGAAAUAUUAAAAAAUGUUUUUACUUAGAUUGAAUUGUUAUAAAAGAACGGUAAAAUACUUAAUUAAAAAAAAAACAUUUUUAAUUAUAAUAAGGUUGUUUUGUAAUAUUUAAAUUUAUCACAUUUUACACACAUUAUUUUAUUAUAAAUAGUAUUAUAUU